AUGUCUGGACGCGGUAAAGGUGGGAAAGGCCUUGGGAAAGGCGGCGCGAAGCGUCACCGUAAAGUUCUGCGGGAUAACAUUCAAGGUAUUACUAAACCCGCGAUCCGCCGCUUGGCUCGUCGCGGUGGGGUCAAGCGCAUCUCUGGCCUCAUUUACGAGGAAACUCGCGGGGUGCUGAAAGUGUUUUUGGAAAACGUGAUUCGGGACGCGGUGACAUACACCGAACACGCCAAGCGAAAGACGGUCACGGCCAUGGACGUCGUCUACGCGCUGAAGCGUCAGGGACGCACUCUCCCUCCUAGUCUAAUCCCAUUGUUUUGGAGGCUAGCUAUGGCGCGGACUAAGCAAACGGCUCGCAAGUCCACUGGCGGUAAGGCGCCGCGCAAGCAGCUGGCCACCAAGGCGGCCCGCAAGAGCGCGCCGGCCACCGGCGGCGUGAAGAAGCCGCACCGCUACCGGCCCGGCACGGUGGCCCUGCGCGAGAUCCGCCGCUACCAGAAGUCCACGGAGCUGCUGAUCCGCAAGCUGCCGUUCCAGCGGCUGGUGCGUGAGAUCGCUCAGGACUUCAAGACCGACCUGCGCUUCCAGAGCUCGGCGGUGAUGGCUCUGCAGGAGGCGUGCGAGGCCUACCUGGUGGGGCUCUUCGAGGACACCAACCUGUGCUUGCUUUUCAUCAUGUCUGGUAGGGGCAAAGGAGGAAAAGGGCUCGGAAAAGGAGGCGCGAAACGCCAUCGCAAAGUUCUGCGGGACAACAUCCAAGGUAUUACCAAACCUGCUAUUCGGCGCCUGGCUCGUCGUGGUGGUGUGAAGCGCAUCUCUGGGCUCAUCUACGAGGAGACCCGCGGGGUCCUAAAGGUGUUCCUGGAGAACGUGAUCCGGGACGCGGUCACCUACACCGAGCACGCCAAGCGCAAGACUGUCACUGCCAUGGACGUGGUCUACGCGCUCAAGCGUCAGGGCCGCACCCUUUACGGUUUCGGCGGCUAAGUUGCCGUGUAGUUAGAAGUUUCUGCUUACAAAACGGCCCUUUUCAGGGCCAUCCA